AUCACGUGAGUCAACUACAAGUUAUCUUUGAUCCACCCUCUUUCUCACGAUCAUGAUGAUCCAGCAAGAGAUUUCUGAGCGAAAGCCAUUCACUGAGGUUGACGGCAACAACAUAUUACGACAAUCCGCUUCCCAUCGAAGAGUAACAGCAGGACCCCCCCUAUCUUCAGAUUCGAUUAGAACUUUCCCUGGCGACAUACGAAUAGGAUAGGCGAAGUUGUCUCUCAGGUUGCGCUCUCUGCGCCUGGUCUUAGCCUUUAGUACCAGUUUUUUGCAUGAUCUAGUAGUAGUUCUUGAGAUAUCUUGACCUUUUGUGUGGGGGAUUUGUUCUUGUCGUUUAGUUGUCUCUGUCUCAUGUCCAUAUCCCUGUUCUUCUGUGACCAAACACAUUUACAUCAUAGCCUUUGCUAACACCUACGAGUCGAUUCAACAGUGUCACUGUGACAAAAUGCCGCAAGGUUCACGUAGCGCGCGAGUGUGCUAUUAUGAGCUUCUUGGCGUGGCUAAGGAUUGCGACGAAACGGCACUGAAGAAGUCAUACCGGAAGCUCGCGCUGCAGUGGCACCCGGACAAAGCUUCUUUGAAUGGCCUUUCCAACGAAGACGCGACCAAGAAGUUUCAGCAGAUCGGCGAGGCCUAUCAGUGUCUAACUGAUCCACAGGAGCGCGCUUGGUAUGACAGCCACAGGGAGCAGAUUUUAUACGGUACCGGAGAUGACGACGACGAAACGAUCGAUCCCUUUGAGAGGUCAGUCGACCUUUGGAGCUUCUUCAGCAGCUCCUGCUAUGACGGUUAUCACGACAACAGUGGCGGUUUUUUUCAGGUCUACGAGGAGCUGUUCCGCAAAAUCGACAUCGCAGAGCAGGACUACAGCGACGACAAGCGUUUGGCACCAGCCUUUGGGAAAUCAGCAGACAAGUGGGCAGAAGGACCGGGACCUUUUUACCAGCACUGGAACGGCUUCUGCUCACAACGACCAUUCGGGCAUGCUGACAAGUACUUGCUUCAACUAAAAUAUGCGUUAAUAUCUUCAUCGUAGAAGAAGUAUUUUUCAGCAUGACAGAAAAUCAUAAUCUAGAAACCCGCACAAGAACACGAUAUUUUUCCAAAAAACUCUUUCUCUUCUUCAUUCCACGAAGGUACAAUCCGCUAAACGAGCCAAACCGUCGGUAUCGGCGCAUGGCAGAGACCGAAAAUAAAAAGUUGCGCCAAGCAGCGAGAGGCGAGUAUAACCAGAAGGUUCGGCGCUUGGUCAGCUUAGUGAUGCGUCGCGACCCACGCGUGGAGGAACAGGAGCGACAGAAGGCUGCCCAGAAACGGGAGAAGGUUGCAGAUCUGGAGAGAAAAAGGGAGGAAGAGCAGCUACUCAAACGUGAGGCACGUGCCGCUGCACUGCUCGAGGAAGAGAAGCGGUGGGCGGAAAACGACAGAAUAAUGCGCGAAAAAGAAGAGGAAGCACUCUUAAACGGCGCUUCAUUUUCGUCGUCGUCUUGUAGCAAUGCGCGACUGGUGGGCGAGGAGGAUCUCGCUGGUUCCGCUAGAAGCACACCCCGAGGCGGCACAGCGGACGACGAAGAAUACAAACCGGUACAGUAUGUUUGCGAAGUUUGUCGAAAAAAUUUCAAGAGCGAGAACCAGUUCAAAGCACACUGCAAGUCAAAGAAGCAUCUGCACGCAGUCGAAGCACUUAUGGCUGAAGAAGAUGAGUGGAGCGAUCUCGAAGACGAGGACGACGUACUUGCGAAAUCAGACAAAGACGAGGACCACAAACAAGACCAAGAGCAAAGUGGAGGAUCAAGUCCUUCUAGAAGUCGCACAGCAUCUUCAAGAGCAGAAGACGUGUCUCCCACUAACAGUUGCAGUCCAACUAGAUCAAAAGACAAAGGUUCACCUGGUGCCAAUUUUUCGCCGAAGCCUCGGACACAAACUGCGGACUCAAUAGGCGAGUCUGUAGUUGCAAAAUCAGAAGCUUCCUCCAGUAGAAGUCGCCGAAAAUCGAGGACUGCAUCAAAGACGUCAGGCUCGACAAGCGAAUCAGAGGACGAUGAUUUCCUUGCCCGAUUCGCUAACAUGAGGACCGCAAAAGCAGAGCCAAAGAAAUUUGACGACUCAAGUAGUAAAAGCGAAGGUAGCGAAAAAGAAACCAGGAGUGGUAAAAUUGAGGAGGAGAUGGCGAAGGAAAAAGUGCCACCGUCCUCAGAUGAUGAAGACGAGGAAACUACAUCUGCAGCUGGUUGUGGAAGCGUGACCAGUGGAGAGGCAGCUGGCGAUAAAAGCUCAGGGAGCCCCGGUAAAGCAGAAGGAUCAAACCAGGAUGAUGUUGACGUGACUUCAAAAGAAACUGAGGUGGAUGCAAGAACAGUAAACCCUAAAGCAUCAGUUGACACGGAUCUAGAGGCCGACGGAGCAGAUCCGAUAAAUAUUGAUGAGAAAGAUGUCGAUGAAGCUGCAAAUCCCCAGCAAACGAGCGGCAAACGCAAACGAAGACGAGCGCCGAAGACUUCUGCGCCAGGCGAAUGCGCGGCCACGAACCGGCCAAGGCCAGCCGGUUCAGGCGAAAGCUUGCCAGAGGCAAACUCGAUGCCUACCGUAUUCGGAUGCUCCUUUUGUCGGCAGACGUUCCAUACCAAAAACAAACUGUUCGACCACCUUAAGCGAAACCCAACGCACAUGGCGUGGAAGCAAGCCCCCGGGGAGAGCAAGAAGCAAGCAGCUGCUGCAACAGCAACUGGUCCGUCGAAGGGGGCAAAAAAGAACAAAAACAAAUGAAGGUUGUCACCGCGCAUACACCACUUAUUUGCACCCCCAUACAUGUGAGCACGAUGCGAAAGUGAUUACAACUCUGUUUCCCCAUUAUUCCUCUCACUUUCUGUUUGCGAAUUCUGAUUUACCACUUUGGUCGCGCAGUGAACAAUUAUAUAUAAGAAGAAAAACAGCGCAUGCGCAAAAGAAUCAAGAAUCACAAAUCCAUG